UCUCUGGACUGCUAGGCCGGGGGCGGUUCUACUGCGUUACAGAAAAAAAAAGCAGGCAGAUCGAGCAGGAUCCUUCCCGGAGAGUGUAAUCCGAGGGAGACGUCAGCUUUGGCCCAGGGUUCCGGAGGGGGCGGCUGUCACACACUUAUCGUCCACAUCGCACGGAGUGAGGAGAUCGGCUCCGCCGAACCAAAGUCCAACUGCCCCGGGGGCUCGGGAGCCAUGAUGUGUGCAGAGCCAGGUGAUGUGUCGGGGUCAUGACACGGCAGCGCCGGUAGGGCUCCGGGACACCGAGGAGGACUGGCGGCGGCUCGGUGCUACGUAUAGGCAGAGCGAUCCCCGCGUACACUGCUGUAUCCGGCCUGCAAGGACAUCCCAUCCCCGCCGCUGCUUCCGUACGCUGUGCACCUUUUAAGUGAAAGAUGAAAAAGUUUAAGAGAAGGCUGUCUCUCACUCUGCGAGGCAGUCAGACAAUAGACGAGUCUCUGUCUGAACUGGCAGAGCAAAUGACCAUUGAAGAAAACAGUAGCAAGGACAACGAACCUAUUGUGAAGAAUGGCAGGCCUCCAACAUCUCAUAGUAUGCACUCCUUCCUCCAUCAAUACACAGGAUCCUUCAAGAAGCCACCACUGAGAAGACCCCACAGUGUUAUAGGUGGAAGCCUUGGCUCAUUCAUGGCAAUGCCCAGGAAUGGAAGCAGACUAGACAUUGUGCAUGAAAACCUGAAAAUGGGAUCUGAUGGAGAAAGUGACCAGGCCUCUGGAACCUCAUCUGAUGAAGUCCAGUCACCAACAGGUGUUUGCCUCAGGAAUAGAAUACACCGAAGAAUUUCAAUGGAGGACCUAAAUAAACGUCUGUCACUUCCGGCUGACAUCAGGAUACCUGAUGGAUAUUUGGAGAAGCUGCAGAUAAAUAGCCCACCAUUUGAUCAACCUAUGAGCAGGCGAUCACGGAGAGCGUCACUGUCUGAAAUUGGUUUUGGGAAGAUGGAAACCUACGUCAAACUGGAGAAGCUUGGAGAGGGCACUUAUGCCACAGUAUUUAAAGGAAGGAGUAAACUGACGGAGAACCUUGUAGCAUUGAAAGAAAUUCGAUUGGAACAUGAAGAAGGCGCCCCAUGUACAGCCAUUAGAGAAGUAUCGUUAUUAAAGGACCUGAAGCAUGCAAACAUUGUCACCUUACAUGACAUUGUUCACACUGAGAAAUCAUUGACUCUUGUUUUUGAAUAUCUGGACAAAGAUUUGAAGCAAUAUAUGGACGACUGUGGAAAUAUAAUGAGUAUACACAAUGUAAAGAUAUUUUUGUAUCAAAUUUUAAGGGGAUUAGCUUACUGUCACAAAAGGAAAGUUCUUCAUCGGGACUUAAAGCCACAAAACCUACUUAUCAAUGAGAAAGGGGAACUAAAGCUAGCCGAUUUUGGUUUGGCCAGAGCGAAAUCUGUUCCCACAAAAACCUAUUCCAAUGAGGUUGUCACAUUAUGGUACAGGCCGCCAGAUGUCCUCCUCGGGUCUUCUGAGUAUUCAACGCAAAUUGACAUGUGGGGUGUUGGCUGUAUAUUUUUUGAGAUGGCUUCUGGAAGACCUCUCUUUCCUGGGUCCACUGUAGAAGAUGAACUUCAUUUAAUUUUCAGGCUUCUAGGCACUCCAACAGAAGAAUCCUGGUCUGGAAUUUCUUCAAAUGAUGAAUUCCGAAAUUACAACUUUCCAAAGUACAAACCUCAACCACUUCUUAAUCAUGCACCAAGGUUAGAUUCUGAAGGAAUUGAGUUAUUAACACGGUUUCUUCAGUAUGAAUCUAAGAAGCGGAUUUCAGCAGAAGAUGCUAUGAAACAUGCUUACUUCAGAAGUCUUGGAACUAAAAUGCAGAGCUUGGCGGAAAAUAUAUCAAUAUUCAGUCUUCAGGAUAUCCAGUUGCAGAAAGAUCCCGGCUUUCGAAAUUCUUCCUAUCCAGAGACAGGGCACGGCAAGAACAGACGACAGAGCAUGCUCUUUUAAGAUGUUUUUCCUAUCACAGUUUCAUAUGUACAAUGGAAGCUUCUAUGGCAACUUUUACUUCUGGUGGACUAAGGACUAUCUGUUUGUCGACACUGAUCUGCCUACAAUGGGGUCGUUUUAUUUCAGGCCUGCAGAUUUCUAUAUAUUUUUUUUUUCUUUUUAAUAUUUGUUGUCACAGUGUGACAAAGCUUGUACAGUCAGUUUUAAGGUCUCUUCUGCUGUUAGAGCCAGUAGGUUACAGCUGUCAGUGUGGCUGCAAUUCUUGUGCAGGACUGAGACACAAUGCGUUAUUUAUUGCCGAAACGUUGCUGCUAAAUGACUACUGUCGGAAUAUUUACCAUAACAAACAGUUGAAUGCCUGAAGAAGUUGCAGUGGCUUGAUAAUCUGUGAAUGCAUCAUUAUUAUUAUUUUUUUUUUUAAAUAAUUUUAUUCCCAACAUUUGUUUUAUGUUUUCCCUUUUAAGUUUUAUAUUAAAUUCUGUUUCCAUUCAAGUUAUUUUUUCCAUUGCUCUGCCUUCAGUUAAACGGACCAUGUUUGAUAAUUUCAGUUGGCGUAAAUAAUUCCUGAAAAGAUUGAGUAAGCUUAUUUGGUAACCACGUGACCAAGAUCAUGGUGACCUUUUUAUUUUUUCAUGG